CAGUACACCCAGAAACCCUGGACAGCUAAGCGGGCUCUUCAGUAGUUUUGUUUUAACUACCCCGAGGUGUUGCUCUUGUCGAAAUAUUCCAGUAGUCAUGCUGACUCUUGAGGCUUUCCAACAGGCCCUCUCCAGCUGGGACCCCCCCAGGCUAAAGAUCCUGGCCAUUUCAAGUGCAGUGGGAGUGGGGGGGCUGAUGACGCUCCUCCUGUUUCGUCGGAAGAGGACAAAGACCAUCCCCAUGGGCGAUGGCUGGUGGGGAGCAGGUGCAAAGCCACUCUCAGAGGAUGAAAACAUCUACCCCUUUGUGGUCAGCACGUCCGAUGAGGAAAUUCAGGAUCUGUACAAUCGUAUUGACCAGACUAGGUUCACUGACCCACUAGAAGACGUACGCUUUCACUAUGGUUUCAAUUCCACUUACCUCAAAAAAGUGGUGUCCUAUUGGAGGAACCAGUUUGACUGGAAGAAGCAAGUUAAGGUCCUCAACAAAUACCCUCACUUUAAAACCAAAAUUGAAGGGUUGGACGUGCACUUUGUCCGGGUGCGCCCCACCCACCAGCGGGACGGCCAGGUGGUCCGACCCCUAAUGCUGGUCCACGGGUGGCCUGGGUCCUUUUUUGAAUUCUACAGGAUCUUGCCAUUGCUGACUGAGUCCCAGGAUGGCCUAGUGUUUGAGGUGAUCUGUCCGUCCAUCCCUGGGUAUGGCUUCUCUGAGGCCCCCCACAAGCAGGGAUUUAACAGCAUGGCGGCUGCGCGGGUCUUCCUGAAGCUGAUGGAGCGGCUGGGCUUUUCCCAGUUCUACCUGCAGGGCGGCGACUGGGGCUCCCUCAUCACCACCAACAUGGCCCAGAUGAAACCAGAGUCAGUGAAGGGCCUGCACUUGAACAUGUUCCCUGUGACACGCGGAGGGAUGGGCAUGCUGCUGGCCUUGAUCAUUGGGCCUUACCUGCCUUUCCUGGUGGGCUUAACCCGGGAGGACGUCAGACGGCUCUUCCCCUACAUGGAGAGGAACGUGUACGAGAUGCUGAGGGAGUCAGGGUACCUGCACAUCCAAGCCACCAAGCCUGACACUGCAGGCUGUGCAGUGAACAACUCUCCUGUGGGUCUGGCAGCCUACCUCCUGGAGAAGUUCUCCACUUGGACUGAUUUCCAACACAGAGAUCUGGAAGAUGGGGGAUUGGAGAGAAAGUUUACCCUGGAUGAUCUCCUGACUAAUGUAAUGCUGUAUUGGACUACGGGAUCUGCAGUGUCCUCAAUGCGCUUUUACAAAGAGAACAUGAAGGAGAACAUUCAGACGAGAGUGGAUGCCAGGACGGGGGUGUAUGUGCCUACGGGGCUGGCAGCAUUUCCGCACGAAAUGCUUCACUGCCCCCUGACAUGGGCUCGCUGGAAGUACAAAAACAUCCAUUCCUACUCCUACAUGCCCCGCGGGGGUCACUUUGCUGCCUUUGAGGAACCACAGCUGCUUGCCGACGACUUCAAGCAGUUCGUCAAGAAAGUGGAAAAUGUAUAAUCUGUAUACUUACGCAUACACUGAUCAACUGAAUGACAGCUUUGGUGUUAUAGCAAUGGCACACUCACCGGAGCAGUGACAAGUACUGAAUCAUGCCAAUCAGACAGAACAAAAGUACUGUCUCUCAGUGAAUUACACUGCAGCUAAUUUGUGAUGUAUGAAUUACUUUAUAUAAAUAUUAACAUAGACCUUUUAUAUCCUUCUACUAAUGUGCUGUAACCUGAGCAUGAACAAGCCACGACAUUUCUGUCUACAUAACUUAUUUUCAGAAAAUUAGUACCAGCUAAGACCUUAUGUGGAGUAGGGAAAGAUUUUUUCCCCUCUUUCCUUCCCAUAGUAGCUGACAUUUACUUACUGAGAGAUAAAAAUGAGCAUAUAGGGGAAUCUCUCUUACUUUUUCAGUGAUGUUUCUCCUGCCCAUUUUCUGUUGAUGCCUUGCAGGCAGGUGUUACUUUGUCAUCACUUCCUUAAGAAGUAACUCAGUCCCACAGUGGAGACACACAUCUAGUGCUAACCAGGAACACUUUCCCCAACUACCACUUACCUAGAAAUGCCCUAGGGGAAAAGGGAAAUGAAUUUAAGCGUCUGAACUCAAUGAACU